AUGGCGAAAGUCACUUCCAGGGACAUUCAAGAGAUUGUGGAAAAACUCUCAUCCGAUAAAGUCAAAGCUCGCGAAGAAGGGGUUAAGUUGUUAAACACUUGGUUAGAAGGAGAAAGGUCAUAUAACUUCUGCAAAUUUAUUGCGCUGAAUACUGCGAAGCUUAGACCAGAUGAAAUUCCUCACACUGAAACAUGGCCUUUUCUUGUUUCUUUACUUAUUAAAUCUGCAUCGGCGGAGAUAUCCUCAAGUAAGCGGAGAAAUCCAAAAAUGAUAUAUGCUAAGACUCUUAGAAUUGUUGUGCAACGUGCAGAGGAUGCCAAGUGUCCAGGUCAGUUGGAGGAAUUGUCAUCUGUAGUUAAACUACUUUUUAAUCAUGUUUGGGAUGUCCUGAGCAAUGUUCCAAGCUUUCAGUCUGAAUAUGGAAUUAUCCUUCGGCAUCUAUUGGAUGAGAGCAAGAUAUCGCGGAAACUUGUUGACUGUAUUAAUACAUAUUUAUUAAAUGAUGGUCCAAAUUUAGGCUCUCAGUUUCUUGAGAUUCAUAAUGCCAUGCAGCAGUUUGUGUUCCGCAGUUGGCUAACAACACAUGAUCGAGUUCUUAAGGAUUCACUUGUGUUCUAUGCAAGGAUACAAUUGAGUUUAACGAGAGGUUCUGCUGAUAGAUGCUUAUUGGUAGAACAGCUUUUGGAUGUGAUUUGUAAGGAUCUUGAUCAAGGUAGCACGUCCAGUACUUCAAUGCUGCGGGGUGAUGGAAAUAAAGAUGAUAAAUUAGGAGCUUUGAGUAGCUCACAAUGUGGAUUGGUGGAACUUGCAGCAGUUCUUUUUUACAGGUUUCCUUCUCUGAUAUUGUUAGAGUGGUUAGGCACCCUGCACUCAUACGUUAUUGGGACAAUCUAUGUAGCUGAGAACACAUGUUUGAUCCCUUGUGUGCGAAAACUUGUUGAGCCAGCAAAAGUUGUAGCAGUGCAAGCAUGCCUCAAUACAACCAGAUCUUCAUUAAGUGAAAAACGGCUGAAGAGGGAGUCUGCUGCUGUGGUCCUGAGAGAGGCACUCAUGGAAGGGAAAUGGCUAUGUAUCACUGUGGCAAAAUCUGAUAUGGAUCUGUGCUGUAGGAAUGCUGCAUUUUGUUCUCUCAUUCGCAACUUCCAUUCUCGCAUUUGCAAAGAUCUCUUCCUCUACUGGUUUGAAGGCAUAUGUACGAGCUUUGAAAGAAUCAUGAAUUCUUCAAAUGUUGAUCGUAUCUAUGAUGGUUUGUUGUGGACUAUGAGGACUUCAAUUCUAAAGGAGUUUGCAAGAACUUUCUUCUAUUCUAUUGCUUCCAAAUUCAAGGAUGGAGAUAUCUCCAGUGUCAUCUUCUACCUUUAA